GCAGGGCCAGGGCCGCAGUCCACGCAGCGCACGUUUCGGCAGUGCAGAGCGCUUCUCUUCACGCCCUAGCCGCGCGGGGUGUGAACUGGACUGCUAUAACACCAUGUCUGACAAAGCUGGCAACGCCCGUUGAUCUUGUGGGGUAUAAAUUUGGCUUCAAACACUCGCUGUCUUAUCAGUCGUAUCAAGAUUUGAGGUGAACGAACCGACGUGGAGAGAUCCGAAAUUCCUUGACGGGCCAACAAGCAGAAGUAUGAAGACAGCUUUUUUCUUCGCUAUUGCCGUAGGCAUGGUGGCGGCCGCGUCGGCAGCAGCCACGUGGAGCUCCAGCUCCAGGUCACCUCUAGGCCCACAGAACUGGGGCAGCAUUGCCGGCUAUGAGCUGUGCGGAACCGGCAAGAGUCAGUCUCCCAUCAACAUCAACAAGGCCAGCACCACCUACAAGAACCACCCGGCCCUGUCUUUCGCCAACGGCGCUGGCAACAUCGCCUUCCAGAUGAUGAACACCGGGCAUGCCAUCAACGCAUUGCCCAGCAACCCUGACGGCGCACCCGUGCUGAGCGGCGGCCCGCUCGGAAGUGCCACGUACAGGCUCUACAAUAUCCACAUCCACUUCGGCAACUCCACUCUGAAAUCUUCCGAGCACGCCUUUGAAAACACCAGGACAAACGGCGAGUUCCAUAUCGUCACAUACAAGACUACCUACGGGAACAUAAGCGCAGCCGUUGGUAGCGGUGAAGCCGGAGCCUUGGCCGUGUUUGGAGUGCUGUUUGACGCACGCAACGUCUCCAACACCGAUUCCGGAAUCACCACUUUCAUUGACUAUGCUUCCAAUCUCACGUACAAUGGCGACAGUUCAACUGUGUCCCUGCCAUUCCCAAUGAUGGCCACCACCGAGGACCUGAAGACUUUCUACACGUACAGCGGCUCCCUGACAACACCUGGCUGUGCGGAGGUGGUCACAUGGCUUGUCAACGAUCGCAUCCACUAUGUAACGCCUGAUGUGAUGGAUCAGCUGGCUGGUCUCCGAAGCGGCAACAUGUCCGUACCCAGCUACCUGCUUCUGGAUAAUACGCGCCCACUUCAGAUGCUUAACGGACGCGUCGUAGAGAGGAACUUUGAAGCCCCAUCAGCUGCCAGCAUUGUCUCCGUAUCUCUCGUCAGUGUUCUCGUUACCAUCGCAGCAUCCCUGAAGAACUGGUAAUCAGAACUCCAUAGUGGAGGUUUUGGCUACAGUACCUGCUACCGCCUACUUUCCACAAAUCACCCUUGACUUUUUCUGACGUUCUUUAUUCUCUUUCAGUGCUCGUCAGUUUGGUUACGUUCAUUAAUCAUAUCAUGGUGCUCUCGCUAUGUGCCGGCUGCAUUCAAUACGGAGGUUGCCCAAAGCUAGAACUGUGUUCUGGAAGAAUGCAUGUUCAUUUGAAAGACGUAUCUGGUAUGCCCGAGGGCUUUAA